UCCGAUCGCUCUGCGAAAAAAAAGAAUCGGCGCCAAAUUCAUGCAACGUCGGACGAUGACAGAGGCCAAAUCGCGGGAGAGAGCGGGAAGCUCUAAGACGCCGAACAAGAAGAGCGGCGCCGACGCCGCCCCCGCCGUCAAGAACAAGCAGCCGCCGCCGCCGCCGCCGCCUAAAGCCGGCAAGAGCAACGGCGUCGCGCCGCCUCCUCCCGGAACCGAGGUCCUAGUCGUCCCGUCCUCCAGCACCGAAUCGCAAGCGCGGGAGCCCGAAUCGAAGCGAAGCCGGAGCCCGAAGGCGCGCGAGCGCGGCGGUGAUCCGGCGGGCGCGAAGAAGCGGAGGCGUCGCAAGCGGGAGGAAGGCGGGGCGAGCGGGGAGGGGCGUGGAUCGAGCAUGAGCAAUGGCGCCGCCGCGGCGCGGGAACCCGAGGCGCUGGUCGUCCCGUCCUCGAGCGCCGAGUCGCAAGGAGGAGGAGGAGGAGGAGGAGGAGGAGGAGGGGAGCGGGAGCCGAAGGGAGAUCGGAGCGCGAAGGUGCGCGAAGAAGUCGCCGCGGGCUCGGCGGCGGUUCAGAAGAAGCGGAAGCGCCAGGAGCGAGAGGACGGGGACGAGAGCAGGGACGAUUCGAAGCUCUGCAUCUUUCCGAUGAACAGGAUCAGGACGAUCGCGAAGAGCGAAGAAUCCGACUUGCGCAUCAAUCACGAGGCUUAUUUCGUCAUCAACAAAGCCACGGAAAAGUUUAUCGAGCAGCUUUGUGAAGACGCGUAUGCCUUAGCUGCUGCUCGCGAUAGUAGAAGAUCUUUCAAGUAUAACCACCUGUCAUCACUUGUUUGCAAGUGGAAGAGAUAUGACUUUCUUUCAGAUUUCGUUCCAGAGAAAAUGAAAGCAGAAGAUGCAUUGGCAGAGAGGAAACCAGAAGAGACAUGAAUAUGAUACUAAUCUUAGGUCAAGAAGCUGUAACUUUCAUUGAUUGAGGGGCUUCAAUUUGUAUGAGCAUCUUAUACUGUGAUUUGGUUCUUUUCCUGCUAUAGCAGAAUAGAGCCAGCAAAAUGGGCACUUACAUUUAGCUGCAGAUGAUGUCUGUAUGGGCGAAUUUUUUCGCAUGUUACAUUGGAGAAGAGAAAUGCUUAUACUUCUGGUAAUUUUUUCAGCAAAUAGUCUCAUGCCCUGCUAACAUGGAUGGUGGGAUAGCUUCUUCUGGGGAGUUAGGUGUUUUGUAAUUAAUCUGUCAUGGACAAGUACUUUGUAGUUAAUCUGAUUCUCGGCCUAUGUUAUAUCUGUUUUGCGUUA